AUGGCAUUUGGCGGACAUUUUGCAGCCAAGGAUCGUGUCAAGAGGUGGAGCAUCCCUCCCAUCGUCCCCAAGGGCUACCAAGCCAAGGGUGAAUACAAGACCAUUAAUGGCCUGAAGACAUACGUGACGGGCCCUGAAUCCGCGACCAAGGCCAUCCUAGUCAUCUACGAUAUCUUCGGCUUCUUCGACCAAACCAUCCAAGGAGCCGACAUCUUGUCCACCUCUAGUGAGCAAAAGUACCGCGUCUUUAUGCCCGAUUUCUUCGAGGGCCAACCCGCCGACAUCACCUGGUUCCCGCCGACAACGGACGAGUACAAGCAGAAGCUCAGUCACUUCUUCCAGACUAAGGCGGCCCCGUCAUCCACCCUGUCCAAAAUCCCCGGAGUCGUGUCCGAGGCUAACCAGCUCGCUCCCGGCGGGAAGUUUGAGUGGUCCAUUCUCGGUUACUGCUGGGGCGGCAAGAUCACCUGCUUGGCUGCUGGCAAGGAGAACAAGAUCUUCAAGGCAGCGGUGCAGUGCCACCCGGCGAUGCUGGCACCCGACGAUGCGAAGAGCGUCACGGUGCCCAUGGCCAUGUUGGCCUCUAAAGAUGAAAAACCCCAGGAUGUAGCCGAUUUUGGCAAUAACUUGCAGGUCCCACAUUACGUGGAGACGUUCUCGACCCAGAUCCAUGGCUGGAUGGCAGCGCGGUCGAACCUGGAUGAUGCGGAGGUGAGGAAGGAACCAAUCAAUAUGCAGGGUCAAGACAACCGGCACCUCGGCACAUCAGACCAUCGGCCUUCAAAUGAAGCUGCCGUGAUAACCGAUUAG